UCUCAAACCAGACUAAUAAAGAACAAACUUGUGUACACUUUUCCCCAUUUCGAUGUCAUCACAUGUACGGAUCAAGACAUUGACAGUGCGAGUGGUUAUGUUGCAAGAAAUGCCCGCGACGGUGAUCUUUUCUUCACUAUAUUGUACUUUAUAAUUCUGGCCUACAGCUUGUCGAUUUUGAGAGCCUGAAUUCUCCAAGACGCCUACAAAAAGUACUUUGGAAUACAGUUCUUGUUUGGAAUUGGAAAGUGCACAGUUUCCACAAGCAGCUGCCUUUUUUUAUCCUGCUGUUUGUUGCUAGUUACACACGGCUGUUUCACCACAAUGGAAUCGUUCCGCUUGAACAGUAAAAAUCCCCUGGGUGGAAGUCAUUGUGCCUGGGAAUAGCAUAGUGCCUGGACAAGCUGAAUUGCCUUGUGACAGAACCUAGGGGAAAAAAUUGCUUCAGAACCCUCCUUUCAGAGUGGCUGUUGAUGGACAGUCACUUUUCCAGGUGAUCUUUGAGCCGGGCACUGAGAUCUUGAGGUGGUAGUCGUACAAGGAAAAAACUGGCAAUGUUAGCCGGGGACUGGCGGCCGUUUGUGUACGGCGGGAUUGGCUCGGUAGCCGCUGAGUUUGGUACGUUCCCCAUCGACCUGACCAAGACCCGCCUUCAGGUUCAAGGUCAGAGGAUGGAGAGCUGCUACAGAGAGUUGAAGUACCGGGGAAUGACCCACGCCCUGAUCAAAAUCUCCAAGGAAGAAGGGAUCAAGGCGUUGUAUUCAGGUAUUAGACCGGCCAUCCUGCGUCAGGCGUCGUAUGGCACCAUCAAAAUGGGCUGUUAUCACACCUUCAAGAGGCUCCUGGUGGAGAACCCUGAGAACGAAACGCUGCCGGUCAAUGUCUUGUGCGGCGUGGCGGCGGGCGUGAUUGCCUCCUCCAUCGCUAAUCCCACCGACGUGCUGAAGGUCCGCAUGCAAGCCCAGGGCGCCAGCUUCGCCAACACCAACGGUAUGAUCAGCUCCUUCGUCAACAUCUUCCAGGAGGAAGGGACAAGGGGAUUAUGGAGGGGUGUUGUACCCACAGCCCAGAGGGCAGCCGUCGUGGCAGGGGUGGAGCUCCCGGUCUACGACUGGUGCAAGAAGUGGAUCAUCGACAAGAAGUGGCUGGGGGACACUGUGUCGACGCACUUCAUUGCAAGUUUCAUUGCCGGCUUUGCUGGGGCUGUUGCUUCCACUCCAAUAGAUGUCGUCAGAACAAGGCUGAUGAACCAGAGAAACCUCCGCGACCACUCGCGCCCCCAGCACAUCUACAAGAACUCUCUGGACUGCUUAGUAAAGACUUUCAAGUAUGAAGGAUUCUUUGCCCUGUAUAAAGGCUUCAUACCGACCUGGGUGCGACUUGGUCCAUGGAAUAUCAUUUUCUUCAUCACGUACGAGCAAAUGAAGAAACUCCCAUUAUGAUGGCAUUCGGCGUAAUGCACUGCCGUUUUUCUUGGACCUCUUGCCACUGACUACUCGUCCCCACUCAGAGCUACUACUCAGAUCAACCCAGCAGUAAGGUGUGCACACCACGCCCGCAUAGUUUUUGUACCAGUUUUCCAAAAAGAAACGGAUGGAAAAUCUACAGGGAGUGUCGUGGAAAACUUGGAGUUAAAAAUCAGCAUAAUCAUUUUUGGCAAAAUUGAGAAAUUCAGUGUUUUCAUUGUACUUUAGGUUCAAAAGAGGACAAAGGGUCAAUGAAUUAUUUUCGUGUCCACGUCAGAUCGAUGAACGACAUUGAAUUAUUCAGUAGAGUAGGACAGUUGAACUCAUCAAUGAUGGUGUCGCCUUCGUUUUGCUUUUUCACAUUGACAUUGCACAAGUAGAGUACAUCUUGCCCAAGCAGUAUGCAGUAUUCCAGGACUUUGUUCUCCUGGUCUCCUUUCAGUCUAGUGCUUUGUAACGUGGUACAAUGCAAAACCUUUUAUUCUGAAGAAACUUUCCAGGGGCCUCGUGGUCCAUGUCAAAGCGUUUCAUUCAGGUCUCCAGCAAAUUAAACUAAAUCAUCGUUGUGAGAAAGACUUGACUGUAAAUGUAAGUUGUGCGACAUUGAUUUGCCUAUAGGCCCAAAUCCUUUGAUUUCAGUAUGAUCUAACAUACACCCUAAGGGGAAAUUAUUUCUGUGAUGUACAUACUUGGACAAAAUAAGUGCACUAAAUCAUUGCUAAUACGAGAUCCUAAGGGAUCAAAAUCGAGAAAACAUGUUCCUCAGUGCUGCUGGGAAUAUUUGUUGCUUGAAAAAGGCCUCAAGCACGACUCCUGGCUCGCUGAAGAUUUUGAGUCGGCGUGGAAAUUCAAUGGCCCCUUCUGUUAUACAUCCACCUAUUGAAAUUCCACGUACCUUCAUGUGAUUAAUAAUUUUGCCGGGGGGGGGAGCUGUUUGAAACCAUUGCACAUUCUUCAUCCUGUCUUCAGAGGGUUGUCACUGCUUUGAGGGACUUCUCCCAUAUUUAUUUCUAACAAGUCAAACUAACUUUCUGGUUUAUUUUUGGAUUAACAAAGGUCACAUCUUUUGCAUUUAGAAAUGUUGCUUUUAAAAGUACUGUAAAUGUAUCAGUCUUGUAUAUAUUUUCGUUAAUGUCGUACGUGCUUGUCAUGUGUAUGUGCAUAAUUUGUUGAAAAUGUGCAUGUUUGUAGUCAUACAUGUAUGCUUGUUAUUUCCCUUGAUAAAGCUAUAAAAUAGAUUCACAGUGCUUUUGGGGAGGAGGUAAUAGGUUUCUCUUGUGGAAAAAUAAAAUUUUCAUUAAAUCAUGAUUUUUCAUUUUUUACAUUGUACAAAUUUUCAAACUCACAAAUUAGAUUCAGCUUUCAUUGUUCCAUUCUUCCAUUUAACAACUGCAUGGCGACAAAUGUGAGAACUACUUUUGAGAGGUCACACCUAGCAUGGAUGUUUAUCAGGUGCCCUCAUGAGAGUGUGUUCCUCUCAAAUAGGCUGCAGUUUUGUAAACAUUGCACUAUGCUGUGUGUUUCUUGCUCUUAAUGACGAGGCCAGAGUUGUCGUGCAGGUGGUUCAUCAUCAGCUAGGAAACCAUUUAAAUCAGCACAGGACUUUCACAGCGAGAGAAAUACCACCUGUUAUUCCUGUCAUCUCUUCAUUACAUGGACACUUUCCAUCCCACUCAAUUAGGUAAUAAAAUUCUGAAGAAGCUAUUUUCUGAACUGGAGCCAGCCAAGGGACCUGUUGUGAGAGGAGCUCUCUUUCAAAGUAAGGGGAACCCGGGAAUUUUAGGAAGCAUCACUGCUAAAUUAAUUCUCGGCAAACUGGAACCAUUUCAUUACCGUAGCUAUCCUGCUUGCUAUUUAAUCAACGGCAUUUCAUGAGCUUCAGAGGGUUUUUACACCUGGUCGUUUUGAUUAGCUGCAGAGGAUUAACAUCAAGUAGAAUAUUGCAUCAUUUGCAUUAUGCAGUUUUGGACUGUUGUUUUUUAAGAUUCGUAAAAGUUUUUACUCUAACGGUUUGUGUGCCUAAGAAUACCAAUGAGAGAAAAUUAGAGUUUAAAUGCUAUAUCUCGGGUUUGACUGAAGUGCCAGGUAGCACCUGCCAGUGACUGCGGUGCUGUUAAAGUGGAAAUCCUACUUCAUCCCAAGUCCCUGGAGGUGCUACAUCGUAAUUGCAUUAUUUUGUCCCUGAUUAAUAAACGCCGGUGGGGUCUGUGCUGUUAGCCUUAUACAAAGUCAGUGCUUGUGAGGGUAUCACAGUACAAGAAGACUGCAUCUUUAAUAGAAAAUCAAGCUUCUUUCAAAAUUUGUUAAUUUCUUGUACAUCUAGGACUGGUUUGUUUCUUCAGAAUUAACAAGUAUUUUUCUUUGAAAGACUAAUAAAGAUUUCUGCAAGACGUA